AACAUAAUAGGUAGGUAGGUAUUUAUUGUCACAAUAUAACGGGUUAUAUAAUGAAAUUGAGUAUUGUAACUCCCUUCCUCUACAUAGCAGACAAUUAAUACAGAAGCUAUUAUAAAAAUGGUAAACAGAAAUAAACAAUAUUCAGUAAUAACUGGUUGGGCCACCUUGAGCUGCAACAACUGAACUCAAGCAUUUGCGAUAAUUGGCAGUGAGUCUUUUACAGCGCUAUGGAGGAAUUUGCGCCCGCUCAUCUUUGCAGAAUUGUUGUAAUUCAUACCGCUUUUUUAAGGUCAUGCCAAAACAUCUCAAUCCGAUUGAAGUCAGGACUUGGACUAGACCACUCCAUUUUGUUUUUCUUAAGCCUUUCAGACAUGGACUUGCUGGUGUGUUGUGGAUCAUUGUCCUGCUACAGGAUCCAAGUGCACUUUAGCUUGAGGUCACAAACAGAUAGCCGGACAUUCUCCUUCAGGAUUUCUUGGUAGACAGCAGAAUUCAUGGUUCUAUUUACCUCAGUAAGUCGUGAAGAUUUACUGAGGUAAAUAGAACCAUGAAUGAACCAUGCCUUCACACAAAUUUUCCAGCACAUUUCUACCGGCAGGGAAGCGGCGAGAGCGUUGAUGGGACUCCGUCAAGGACGGCGAAGGGUUGCGGAUUAUGCCAUAGUCCCGCACACUAGCCGCAGGGAGUGGCUGGAAUCAGUUGGCUCUGUUUGAUGCUUUUAUUCAAGUCUGACUCGUUAAAGGACAAAUUCGCUCCUUUAGAUCUUCCGGAGGAUUUGGAUGUCCAUAUUGCCCUUGCCAUAAAGAUUGACAAGCGACUGGAGGAGAGAGAGCGAGAGAGUGCCUGGUCCCGCAGCUCCCCUCCAGACCACAGGCGGCUCCCAGUGGCCGCUGUUCUCCCGCCAACACGUUCUUUGCCACCUCCUCCAUCCCCGUCUUCAGCCAUGUCAGGGGCAGCUGAGGAGCCGAUGGAGUUUGGUCGGGCUCGCCUUACUCCGGAAGAGAGACAGAAGAGGAUCCGUGAGAGUGGUGCUGGUGGAUUCGGGUGCCGAUGCCAAUUUAAUGGAUGCCACCCUCGCCAGAGAGCUGGAUUUUUUGCCUCUGUCUACUCUCCUGGAAGCCACUGCUCUCGACAGCUGGCUUCUCUGGCAGAGUUACAGGCUAUGAAGGAGUAUAUCGACUGCCUUGGCUGCGGGAAUAAUCCGACCCUCCUCGUCUCCUGCCGAGGCAGGAUUUUUCUUCAUUGAGAAAAAAAGACAAAAAAAAAAGUCACUCAGGUCCUGCAUUGACUACUGUGAACUUAAUGACAUCACUGUGAGAAACAGGUACCCCCUCCCUCUAAUUUCUUUUGCUUUUGAACUGUUGCAAGGUACUAAGAUUUUCACCAAACUGGAUCUGAGAAAUGUGUAUCAUCUAGUCAGGAUUAGGGAGGGGGAUUAAUGGAAAACUGCUGGUCUUUCCUUGGGUUGAUGGCAUCCGAGGGGCAGGUGAGCAUGGACUCCGGUUCUAGUUCUGCCUGAUCCCAGUCAGCAGUUCGUGGUGGAGGUGGAUGCAUCUGACGUGGACAUCGGCACUGUCACAGUCCUGUGGAUGGUAAACUCCAUCCCUGAGCAUUCCUGUCCCGCAAACUGUCGGCGGCUGACAGGAAUUAUGAUGUGGGCAACCGGGAGUUAUUGGCUGUGAAGGUUGCUCUGGGAGAAUGGAGGCACUGGUUGGAGGGGGCGGAGCUAACAUUCUUAGUAUGGACAGAUCAUAAGAAUCUGGGGAGGGGAAUUCCCGUCAAGCCAGGUUGGCCCUUUUCUUUAAUCGUUUCUCUUUUACGUUGUCUUACUGUCCAGGAUCCAAGAAUGUUAAGCCUGAUGCCCUGUCUCGCCUGUUUGACGUCGUCGAAGUUUGUGGACACUAUCCUGCCCUCCUCGUGUGUGGUGAGGGCAGUUUCUUGGGCGGUGGAGGAGAGGGUCAAGUGGGCUAAUGUUACUCUGACUGUCCCGGUCGGUUGCCCACUGAACCGUUUGUCCCCCCCGAGCUGAGGUCCCAGGUGAUCCACUGGACUCAUGCUUCUGCUCUUACCUGUCACCCUGGAGUGAAGAGGAUUAUGUUCGCCAUCAGGCAGAGGUUUUGGUGGCCUUCCAUGGAGGCUGAUGUGGGUGAGUAUGUGGUGGCCUGCCCGGUGUGUGCGCAGAACAAGAAGUCUCACCACCCCCCAGUCGGUCUCCUACAGCCCCUCCCUGUGCCUUCUCAGCCCUGGUCUGACAUCUAGACUUCGUUACAGGUUUCCCCUUCCGAAGGUAAAACAACAGUUCUAACUGUAGUCGACAGAUUCUAAGAUGGUGCACUGCUAAAGAGACAGCGGAGGUUGUCCUGUCCUGUGUCUUCAGUUUGCAUGGAUUACCUUGAGAUGUGGUGUCCUACCGUGGUCCGCAGUUCGUCUCUUAGUUCGGGAAGGCUUUCUGUUCCCGGCUUGGUGCCUCAGCGAGCCUGUCCUUGGGCUAUCACCCCCAAACCAAUGGCCAAUCCGAACGGCUCAAUCAGGAGUUGGAGACAGGUCUGCGCUGUUUGGCUUCUUGGAACCCCUCUAGUUGGAGCCGGCAGUUGGUGUGGGUGGAGUAUGUGCACAAUACUCUCCAGUGUGUCUCCACGGGACUCUCUCCAUUCCAGUGUGUCUACGGGUACCAGCCGCCACUGUUCCCAGCUCUGGAGAAGGAGGUGGGGGUCCCCUCAGCUCAAGCUCUUGUGCGGCAUUGGCGCCGUGCCUGGAUCCAAGCUCGCCAGGUUCCUCUCCGGAGUUCUUCUGCCUAUAAACAGGCUGCUGACCGCCGCAGAUCCGCUGCUGUACACUGCUGGUCAAAGAGUCUGGCUGGCCACCCGGGACAUCCCUCUCCGCGUCGAAUCCCUUAGGCUGGCUCCUCACUUCAUUGGUCCAUUUCCUGUAUCAAAAGUUAUUAAUCCUGUUGCUUUGAGGUUGAAAUUACCCAGGACUAUGAGGAUCCAUCCCACCUUUCAUAUUAGUCGAGUGAAGCCAGUGAAGGAGAGCCCCUUGGUUCCUGCUAUGCCUCCCACUCCUCCUCCGUGCAUGGUCGAUGGCGGACCGGUGUACUCAGUUAAGAGGCUGCUGGCUGUAAGAAGACGUGGAAGGGGCCGUCAGUACCUCGUCGAUUCAGAGGUUUACGAUCCCAAAGAGAGGUCCUGGGUGUCAGCCAGUAACAUCUUGGAUCGUGUGAGUUCCAUCAGCAACAUACUAAGGAGCCUGGGCCGUCAGGAGCUGGCCCUAAAGGAGGGGGAACUGUCAGGCCUAACCCCUGAGUUAUGUGUUCAGUUUCCUUGUGUGUUACCACUUCCUGUUUUGUUUCAGUUACUCAUCUUGUGUCUCAUUUCAGGUCUUCAUCUGCCUUCAAUUCAUGUGUGAUUACCUGUCCCCGCCCUAAUGUGCUGCACCUGUGUUUCAUUGUCCCCCCUCCCUUUGAAUAUAUAAACCCACCUUCCCUUGAGGUCUUUGCCAGAUCGUCAUGUUCCUGUGACAGCUUUCCAGCCUGAUUCCUCAUCAGUGUGUUUGACCGUAGCCUUGUUUUCCAACCUCGUCUCUCGCCUUGUGUUUUGGAUACCUUUGCCUGGACUUUUGUAUCAUCCUGCAAUAAAGUUAUUGUUCAUCUCA